AUGCACACCAAAAACAAGCAGGCACAGCUGGGAGUAAUCGGUCUAGCACCGAUGGGUAGGGCACUAGCACUGAACUUGAGGGAUAAAGGAUACGUAGUUGCAGUUUAUAACAGGACAGGAAGUAGGACUAAGGAGUUUGAGGAGGAGUGUGAGCGGGAGGGUGAAACGAUUAAAACUGGUGAAGAGGAGAGCAGAGCUGAUGAGAGUGGCAAUGAUAGAACAGCUAGCGGCAGAGAAGCAAAAGAUAAGGCUGGCAGCAACGAAGCGAAUGCAAACGUAGCAGGCGAUAAAACGGCACAGAAGGGCUCGUUCAUCUACACUUACGCAAUCGAUGAGUUCGUACGUUCCUUACAAGCACCAAGAAAGGUGCUCGCAAUCAUAAAGAGCGAUGCAACCGAUGAACUGAUGGCGCUCAUGUCACCUCAUCUAUCUAAGGAUGACUAUUUUUUAGAUUUCUCUAACAGUACGCCCGAUGUAACUGAGUUGCGCUCGCGAAAUACUAACUACCAUUAUCUUGGCAUAGGCAUAAGCGGUGGCACAGAAGGUGCACGUAAUAACGGUGGCCUGAUGGUUGGGGGUCCGUCCAGUUCAUAUGCUGUUGUUCAGCCCAUUCUCAUGUCAAUUUCAAACUCGGUUGGUUAUUUUGGUGAUAACGCAAGCGGACAUUUCGUAAAGAUGGUGCAUAAUGCCAUUGAGUAUGCGCUGAUGGGUGUGAUAGCAGAGUUCUAUGAGGUGUUGAACAAGUUGGGAAAGGAGGAUUUGAUGGCAAAGUGGAAUGAGGAGACGAAAAUGUACUUGGUUGACGCAGCACUGCAGGUGACCGGAAAUGAAAGAUUUGAUAAAAUUGAGGGGCGCGUGGAGAUGAAGGGAACAGGCGCAUGGGUGCUCAAGGAGAUGAGCGGGCGGUGUAGAACGCUGCUGCUCAACAGUGCAAUUGAUCAGCGGAUGAGCAGCAUGCAUGGCACCACGCAUGGUGCACAAGAUGGCAGUGGGCAGCAAGAUAACACCGUUAUCACCAAGGCCAAGUCAAAAGAUACGACAGACAGUGAUGCGCCAAGCGACAAUGUGCUCGUUGCCAAGUCCAAGCUGAGCUUGAAGAAGGCAUUCAAAAUGAUCUCUUUUUCUGCGCUCAGCGAGAAGUGCCUCAAAAAUGCUUUCAUAUUCUGCCUCAAGAUGUGCUACAAGGAAGGCCUGGACAUCCUAAGAAACAACGGUACGUACAACAUCAACGUAAAAGAGGCUGUCAGGGUGUGGAAGAAGGGAUGCAUCAUACAGAGCGACAUAAUUGAUGAGGAGAUCGAUGCGAAGCACUGCAGGGACCUUAAAAAGGUCAUUUUGUACGCGGUCAAUAAAAACAUAAGAAUAGCGAACGCAAGCAAUUGUUACUACAAGGAAAUGAGGGAUGAUCGACAGAUAAUGCUGUUGGCAGGGUUGAGAGACUACUUCGGUGCACAUGGUGUGUAUAUUGACGGGGAAUGGACGAACAUCGAAUGGCGAAAAAAGUAA